ACCAGCAGAAAGAAGUACGCUGCUCAAAGAUUGAGGAAUACUUUCGAAUCAACUGGAUCUGCUGCAGAACAAACAAGAAUUCUGGAGCUGAAGUUUUAACUUUACCAGUCUUUUAUUUAUUGUAUUGUUUCUGUUGGCAUGUGGUCUUAAAUCUUUGCUUACAGUGGCUUUGCUGUUUGUGCUGUUGAAGGGCACAUGACUGUGAGAGCUGAGACAGGGAAAAGGAGACGAGCUGGUGGGACAUGGACUAAACUGACUGUUCUGUCCUCUGUUUUUCCAUCGUGCAGUGGCUGUUUUGAAUUCUUCGGGGGGUUUGCCUUACCUUAUAUGGAGGAUAGACAUUGCCAUUCUGAAUGUGUAAUUAGAGCAGUGUUAGUGUGAGAACUGCAUAGUAUCUUUAGACCUUUUGAGUUUUAUAAAUCAAAUCUGGUAUCUGGCACAGACAGUUUUAAAAGUGUUUGGAAUGGGUUAAACUUAGAUCCAAACAACAUUCUGUCAGUGAGAUGAAUCCUUUCAGGCAAUGUUUUAUGAUUCUGUUUGAGUGGAUAUGCACGUGGCUGAAAUAUGGUCUUAAAAGACUUUGGAGAGAUUUUCCAUUAGCCAAUACUUGGAUAGCAUCCCCAGAUAUCACAGAUCGGCAAUCAUGCCAAGAAGACACAGCAGAGUGGAAAACCAAUGAGGCACUCUGCACAUAUCACCUUGGGGAUGGAGGUGAAACCAUGGUUACAGUUCAAACCAGUACACAUGCUUUCCAUGUGGACCUUGGAAGACUUUCAGAGUGCAGUGAGUACUUCCGGGCCUUGUCUCAGUCCAAAAUGAGAGAGACCUCAGAGAGCCUCAUCCACCUGGACCAUGUGUCCUCCUCUGUCUUCUACAAUCUGCUCGAGUUCUCCUUCCACAAUAAGUUUAAAGUCCCUCGGGAGGAGUUGGGCACUCACAUCCAGGUCAGCAGCUAUCUCCUGACUGAGGCCUUCCUCUCAAAGUGCCUGUCAGUCCUGGCAGAUGAACUCAGACCAGAUAAUUGUUUAUCCUACCUGAAUCUGGCUCAGGAGAUCUGUUGUACAGAGCUGAAGAUGACAGUGUUCACCUACCUGAGUAGAAAUAUGAUGGAGCUGUCACACCUCACCAGGUGUCUGGAGGAUGAGGAGAAGGAUGAAGUUGUCAACCUGAGGAUACAAGGACACAGACAUCUCUGCAGCCUCAGGAAAGAGAACCUAACGUCUUGGAACGAUCCAGAAACAGAACGUGCCCGACAUAUCUUCAUCCUGAAAGGGUCGGACGACAGUGAAGACUGGCAUCCGGUUACAGAGCUACCUUUCAGGGCCGAUAAGUGGUGUUUUACUACAGUGGUUCUGUAUAACUACCUGUACAUCAUAGGAGGCUACCGGCAGCAUGUGAAGAGAGGCUGGGAGUUCAAGAUGGCUUCCUUUAGGUACAAUCCCUUUUCUCAUACGUGGGUCUCCACAGCUCCUCUGAUUAAGCACAGAAGACACUUCAGCGCAGUGGCCUGUGAAGGCUGUAUUUACGCUGUGGGAGGCUGGUAUUUGGACUCCCUAGUGACUCCGGACUCCAGUACAGCUCUCUAUACAGCUGUAGAAUGCUAUGAUCCAUGGGAGGACACAUGGAGGUUUGUGUCCUCACUGCCACUCACAGACUUCCAGUUCACUGUGUCCUUGUCCCAUGACGUGCCCCUUGCUACUAGCCUUGGACACUGUCUUUAUGUGUUGGGAAGCAUCCAGAGGACUGGAGAGAAACUGCUGCUGCAGUACAACACGAGGCAAGACUCCUGGUCUGAACUGCUUCCCACCCUCACCAGAGCAGAUGCAGACAUCCCGACUCUUUACUUCCUGGGUGUCACAGACAGGCUGCUUGUGAUUGGUGGAAACAACUCAGAGAAUGUUAUGACAUCAUUUUGUGUACAGACACAGAAAUGGGGACAGGUGCACAGGACUGAAAAAGUGGCAUUUGCAGGACAGGGGACAGUUACAGGUGAUGAGGUCCUAAUGCCAAGUAUAGAGCACAACACUGUUGCAAAGAUAGAUCUCCAAACUCUUUCCCUCAGAGCCCUUCCUCCUCUACCAGUCUCCACAUGCUAUGAAGCUAUCUUUUAUCUUCACUUCUAAUAGUUACAGUUGUCAUGGAGGGAGGCAAGGACUUGGACCCAAACGCAAAACCCCCAAAGACAGGCAGAAUUAGUGAACUCAAAGUCUUUUAAUAAACCAAAGUCCAGGGCAAGGGAACAAAACUCAAACAACCAAAAAUCAUCCACAUGGGAGAAAAACACUAAGGAACAAAACUAAACAACAAAAAUACAAAAAUCCUUGCUUGAAACAAAAGAAACCAAGGUAAGUCCAUGAGGGGGAAAACGCAAGACACAGGAACAUGAACAAACACAGGGACUUGACAUGGCGCAGACUCAAGCAUGGACACAGGCAUGGAAACAGUCAAACCAACAAGAACAGGAAAACAAUGAGACUUAAAUACACAGGGCAAUGGGCAACAGGUAAAACCAAUUAGGGCGGGGCAGACAAUCACAAAUGGA